CGUUCUUCAAGAUGACGCACCUCAUUCCUCUCUCCAAAUGUGACUCCCUUUUUUUCUCUCUUCCUUUUGAUUCGGCACGAAGAUCUAGGUUUGAUUAAAAGCCUUCCAGGUCUCGAAAUUGUCACCGCUUCGUUAUUAUGGACUCCCUUCCCGUUUUCAAUUUGCAUCUAUAUGCCCAGAUGUCGCUUCCCCUCUUCCAUAUAUCCAUUCUCGCGUUCUCCCAUGUAUAAUCAUUCAGCGCGCCCUUAAUUAAAAUCCCAGCCGGAGCUCUAAUUAGCUGUCGUGCUUCAUCCAUAGAUCCCCCCUUCUCUCUCUUUCCUCCUUCGUCCUAUAAUCGCGCGAUAAUAAAUUAUUUAGGCGGAUUUAGAGACGGUGAAUUAUUGCAGCAGUGGUUGUUACUUGAAGGUGCGAAGAAACCCAUUAAAUAUAUACACGUGAAAGCCUAUCAGAAAUUGCAUUGCAGGUGAUGGAAGUUGAUUUUAACGGGUUGUUGAAGAAGAUUGAAAUAGUAUACUAUAGCGCGUGGAACCGGGAAAAUAUGAAAUUUACAUAAGAGAGGAAUGUCUCUGUGGAGGGAAGCCCCUGGGGAAACCGUGCAAAAUUGGAUUCCUCUGGUCCACUUUCAUAUUGGAAUCCAGGGCGGAUUCAAUGAAGAUUCGCUCUAUCUUGAUUCAUGGGGAAGACGGGGAUUUAGACUGAGAGAUGGGAGACGGAGGUGGGGGUGGUGGUGAAGGGGAUCCAUGGAAUCCAAGCGGUCACCUGACCAAUUCUUCCUAUCCGCCUUACAGUACAAGCCAGCCUUACCCAGCCAAUGCGACUGCUUCGGUCCUUCCAGAACCCCUGUUGUAUGGAAGUUUGAACCCCGGAGGACCCGGGGAAGUUGUGGGUCUCCCACCGCUCUCCACAUUCCGGGGGCCGACGGGGGUGUCCUCUUCCUCGGGCCCUGUGUCAUCUAGCCCUCCCCUGUACUCCACCCCGAACCACUCCCAUUCCCAGACUGGGGAUGCUCUUGGGAAGGCCCUGGCUUCCAUCUACAGCGAGGGGGGGCCGGGCGGUGGUCGCGGGGACUCCCUUUAUCCCCCAUCUUCCAAUUCCACGCCGGUGUCUUCGCCUCAACCCCACGGCGGCCCUCCUCUCUCUCAGUGGCCAUCCGCUUCUCCGCCCUACGGCCCACCCCCUCCGCACGAUCGCCCUCCUCUCCCCCACAUGACCCCGCUGGUCACAUCGUCCAGUCGAGACCCAACCGCGGAUUCAGAUGCGGCGGGUGUGUCUGUCACUGCACCUGAUCACGAGGGCCUUGACGAUGCCAUCGGAAUCCUUCGGAACCACGCUCAGGUUGGGGGAUCAUCGAGGAUCGAGGAGAGGUUGGAUGAUGCAAUCAACGUCUUGAGGACUCAUGCAGAGGCGCAAGGUCUCCUGGGUGCCAUCCCCCCACCUCCCCCGCAUUUAACUGGGCCCAACAAUCUCCUUCCCUACCCUCAGACACCUGGUGCCACUGCCCUUGAACCUCCACCCCACCUCACAAGUCCCCAUAACAUGGGGGCAUCAGGAGGGACCAAGGAUGUGCAUUCCUUCUCUUCCCUGCCCACGCCAUCGGAGGCUGAACACAAGCUCACACCUUCCAACACAAGUGAGUUUCUCUUGCCAUUCCAUAGCCUCUACCUGACCCCUCAGACUUUAGUGACCUUGUAUGCAAAUCGUGUACUGCCUACAGAAAAGCGGAAACAGCAAGCAGAUGACUCGAAAGACGGGAUCUCCACGACGUCUGUGACCUCGGCAGCCUCGGCCACUACCACGACAUCUGCAUCACAGAAAAGCAAACGCUCAAGGAGAUACGCUGAAGAUGAAGAGGAUCCUGAGAUAAAAAUGGUGAAGGAGAAGGAAAGGAGGCAAGCAAAUAAUGCACGGGAGAGGAUUCGAGUGAAGGACAUUAACGGGGCAUUCCAGGAGCUAGGGCGGAUGUGCAUGAUGCACUUGAACACGGAGAAGGGCCAGACCAAGUUAAGCAUCCUGCAUCAAACUGUCGAGGUCAUCGUGCAACUGGAGCGUCAAGUCAGAGGUUUGUGCUUUCUACCCACCUGCCACAGCAUCCAAUCUGUUCCAUCAGCAAGAUUCAUGAUUCGCAUUCGAGACAUCAACGAGGCAUUGAAGGAGCUGGGUCGAAUGUGCAUGACACAUCUCAAGUCCGACAAGCCCCAGACAAAGCUGGGGAUCCUCAACAUGGCUGUUGAGGUCAUCAUGCAGCUCGAGCAGCAAGUUCGAGAACGAAACCUGAACCCAAAAGCGGCGUGUCUCAAGCGGAGAGAGGAGGAGAAGGCCGAAGAACCAAAGAUGCCUCACAUGGCAAUUCCUCCACCCAUGCCUCCGUACCCUCACAUGGCACCAGGUCCACAACCGCCGCUACCUCAGUAGCCCGAGUGUGUCCAGGGACGCGUGUGCUGGUUGAACCUGCGUGAGAAUCAUCCCUGAGCGAGACAGACUCAGACGUGGUUCUGUUUUCUCUCCCUCCCAUGCAUUGUUAUACAAUUUGUUGAAAACAGACCUUCGCUUUUGGACGAUCCCUACGCCAGUGUCUUUCUGGACUGCACCAGCGACAAAACGUGAAAGAAGGAAAGAAAGAAGCUCAAUGCUCAAUGCAUCAUCCUCCCCUUCUCCUGUGAGGGAUGUCCCUCUCCAGUGUCUCUUCCUCCCUCUUGCUCUCUUUGGCAAGUUUCAUUUUAGUUAAUUUUUUUUUUUUUUUUUUACCGGGUUCUUCUCCAUUCCCGGCACCAGUCCGGACAAUUCCGAGUGGCAUUACCCGCUAACUGAGGAAGCGACAUAUCCCCCCAAGUCAUGGAAGCUUUUUUGUAUUUUUAUUUUGAGUUUUUCUCUUGAGCGAGAUUUUUGGCAUAUCUUGGCAGCAUAUCGAGGUGAGGCAGGAUCUUUUAUCGCAUUUCCGCUGGCAGCCGGCUUUGUCUUCUGUUCAGUUUACAUUGCUCAGAGUUUGACGAUGAUGAGAUGAUAUUAGUCGGACGGGCACUCGUUCCACAAGUGAUGAUGCCAGAAGAGGGAAUGGAAAUAUUCAAAUGUUGAUCUCAAAGAAUUAUUUCUUCCCCUUUUUUUUUCCUUUGCUCCUGAUGCCACUCUUUGCAUUUACCUGAUUUUGUCGUGGGAAGGUCGUGCUGCAUUUUUGUUGUUCAAGCUGGAAUUGGGGAUUUAUGAGACGUUAUUCUGGGUGUGUGCCUUUUUUAUGGAGACUGUAUGCUCUGGUUUUUGCUUCAUUCUCCUUUCACUUGUGUCAGAGUUCCCUUUGAUUUUUGGAAUCAAAAGACUGCUUUUGAUGACAGCUAUUUUUCCCGCCCAAAGGACAUCGUAGACCAGAUGAAGGAAAAUUUCUAUGAUGAAAUUUCGAGUACAGCCCGUCCUGUUGGAUACUUUCCAUCCUCUUACCCAGUUUCUUGCUCCUUCUGAUUGAAGGACUUCCUAUUACCCUCCUCUGUUUCCUGGAUGCAGCAGAGGUUCUUCAUGGACAGAGAAGAAAAGAAAGUCUGUAUACUUUGCAGGAAUAAAAUGUGCCAUUUAUCAUCCC